AUGAGGUUAGCACAACAACAAAUUCUCUUGCAGAAUAUCACUGAAGAACUAGAUGGACCAGAGAACUACAUCAUCUUUAAAACUGGAUUGCAUCAACCUCCUAGAGGAAAAACCAAAGCUGCUUGUGGCCUUGUUCUAGCCUGGAAAAUCAAUCCAAAGGUCACUAUUCAGGAUUUCUCUAAUUAUCACAUUAGUGCUAUUAUUUUCCCUAGUUAUGGAGACCCUUGGUUGUUCAUGGGAUAUUAUGGUAGUCCUUACACCACUCCUGAAGAAAUCCUUUCUUGGAAAAUGAUAGAAAAUACCGAUGAAGCUAUUCAUCUACCUUGGCUAAUUAUGGGUGAUCUAAAUUUUGUUUUACAUGAACAUGAAAAAUAUAGCCAACAUCCUAUUGAUAACUGUGAAGCUGAUAUUUUCCUGAACAAAAUAGAGGCAGCUAAUCUUACAGAUUUGGGGUACACAAAAUGUCCUUUUACAUGGACUAACAGAAGAAAUGGUAUUCAUCUUACUGAACAAAGGCUUGAUAAGGGGCUAGCAAAUGAAAGUUGGCUUGAUCUGUACCCUAACUCUACCAUAUCCGACCUUGCUGCCAUAGGUUCUGAUCAUAACCCUAUUCUUCUCAAUACCAAUCCCUCUUGGACACCAGGUCACAUCCCUUUCAAAUUCUUUGGUCCCUGGCUUGAUCAUAAAUAUUACAAAACUAUCAUAGAAGAAUGUUGGAAGACUAACCACAAAGGAUCUCUAGCUAUCAAAAUUUAUAGGAAACUAAGAGAUGUUAAAAUAACAUUAAAGAGAUGGAACAAGGAGGUCUAUGGAAACAUUCACACAAACCUGGAAGACAGUACCUAA